CUCCAGUACAACUUCUUGUAGAUCAUGCUGCUGUGAUGAUAAAAGGAUAAGACACGAUAUCGCGAUAUCACAUGCUUACGCUCGAGAACGCAAAUUAGAGAUCAAUGGCCGGAUGUGCAACAUACGGCAAUUCUGACCAUCUUGUAGAUAAUUAUCAUUAGGAAGAUCAGAAGGUACGACUAUAGUAUACGUACAGCUCUACGCCCAUGUCUUCAGCCACCUCAGCAAACAAGACCAGUGUCUGCCACGAAGGCUACGAAAGAACUAUGUUGGCUCCAAAGGACUUUUCAGUUUCUCCAUUACCGCCCAAAGGAAUACUCAAGAAACCAACGGUGCACUUUCCAGAAGAACUAUGCGAACUCGAAACCGACAGCGUACCGCCCUGUUCACCUUCACUACGUCGAAGUGUCGCACCCCAAAGUCCACCUCUCGAAACUUCACAAAGGCUGAAUCGAGUACCCCCACCCCCAUUGCCACCUCCUCCUAGAAGGGCCUCUCCCCCUCCGCCACCCCCGCCUCCACCAACCGAUGCACCGCGACCACCGAGCUUUUGGAAUCCAGAAAUCGAAAACGACAAGUACUUAAACAAAGCGGCUUUGGCAUUAUACACCAGAUUCAUAGACGAACUUUCAGAUUUUGUCACUAUACAAGGAGUAGUCAUGAAGAAGCGUAUUGCAGUUCAGGAGAAGCGUCAAGAGAUGAAGAGAUUGAGAGAGGAAGUUUCGCAAUCAGACAUCUUGCUCAUUGAUUAUCUUCGAAAAUGCAUGGCGAAUGGCAUUCCGUCGAAUGAUCUGACUUUGAUCACUUUAUUCGAAGCAUCACAAGCCGCGCGCGACCUAGUUGGACCUGCAGAGGCAGAAUACGAACCAUUGGAGGUCGAGUUGGGCGCAGGGGAGCACAGGCUAGAGGAACAAUAUCGUGAUAUAGAAGAGAUCUUCGAAAGUUCUUUUAGACUGAGUCCUUCCUCGCUGGUCCGACAAGAGAUGCCAACCACAGUCGAAUACGAAACGUCUACUGCAUCUUUGGCAUCAUCUAAUGUAGGACAAGCUUCACUGGAGCUCGGAGAUUCCUCGUUUCUGCAUGGAUCUCUUGUCGACGACCGCGUCGGUAUUGGCCAGUUGCCCAUUCCACCAGAUUAUAGCGACAAUGAGAUUCGAGGGUCACAAGAGGUACAGAAGCGUAAACCCCUUCCAUUGUCUUCAGAUACACCAAGUCGCCCAUCACAACGUAAUAGCAAUGCCACAAUGGAUGAUCAAUCGCGCUCAGAGGUUCCCGCAGAGCUCCUCGGCAUCGCAGGUGCUGAAGAUAUGGACGAAAGGCACUUUACAGACACUGAGACACGGAACCGAAGAAUAUCCCAAAGCCUGAAAGGGGUGAUUGUUGAUUGUCUGGCUGAUCCGCUCGAUAGUCCUGAAUCUCUUCCGGACGAUUUCCCACUGGAUCUAGGGCUAAAUGAAGGAGAGAUCUUGCUCCUUCUCGGAGAUGACGAUGACACCCGAUUGACGUUGAGCAACUACUUGAUGUGUUUUGCGAAUACUCGAGAUCGAGUAAAUCGGUGGAUGCUACAUCAGCUUCGCAUAUCGCGUCGGGAAACCUACGCCUUACGAAGAUCAGUAAUGCUUUGCUCGCCCCGUAUCCUAGACUGGGCUAUUCUGGCGAUGAGCCAAUGGUCCGAGGACGAACUUGCACAAAACAUUGGGUACUCGGUCGACGAUGAAAGCGAUGAUUCAGCGAUCCUGGAGUUUAUGAACCCCCCUUACCUGCAAGGUAUAUCUUCUUCGCUUCAGCAUAGAGUCCGUCAAAAAUAUCAACCUGCUCCUUUUUCGACAGCAGCCCUGGCACCUACAGAAAGCGAUCUUCAUGAUAGAUCUCAAUCGACUCGACCCAACACCGAGACUACUAGCAAUGUUUCUCCAACCUAAUACUAUUUUCGCGUUUUUCGAGAAGAGAACAAGUAGCAUAUGCUUUCUCUGCAACUUCACUAGCUUGCUAAGAGUUGCAUGCAGCGACUCAGGUAGCGAGAGGCUUUCGGCUGUAGCAAUACGUACCA